ACUCACACAUCAUACGUCAAAAUCAGUUGGUAUUUGGUUGUAAAAGUAACGUUUCGCGUGUAAUAAAUAUUUUGGAAUUCAAUAAAUAAUAUUAAAAUGUAUUAAAUGAAUGGCACUUACAAUGCGGUGCGUUAUAGUUUUGCUAUGCGUCUCAAUACUGAGUGUGGCGGCCUGGGACGAUGACGAUUUGGAAGUAUUUGACGCGGUUGAUGAAGUUAACCAAAGUUUCUAUGAACUGUUAGGAGUUCCACAGGAUGCAUCACAACAAGAAAUAAAGACUGCCUUCAAGAAACUUACUUUAAAACUUCACCCAGACAAAAAUGAUGCACCAGAUGCUGACAUGCAGUUCAGGAACCUAGUGUCUGUCCACAACAUACUCAAAGAUCCAGGGAAAAGAGAAAAGUACAAUGAAGUGCUCAAGAAUGGUCUUCCAAACUGGCGUUCAGCCGUAUACUAUUACCGACACGUGAGAAAGAUGGGUCUCGCUGAAGGCUCCAUUAUCAUAUUCAUAAUCGUCACUUUUGGACAAUACGCUAUUGGGUGGGCGGCGUAUGUGGAAAAGCGAUAUACUGCUGAACAGAUACUGACUACUAGAGGUAAAAAACAUUUCAAGAAAUCUGGGUUUGAAACUGGCCUAGCGGAAAUAUUAGAACAACUGCCUAAACCUAGUAUAAAAGAUACACUGCCUUUUCAAAUACCUCGGGCGAUCUGGUGGACGAUUACUGGCAUCCCAUUCGCUAUUAUGGAGUUAAAAAGGAGAAGGAAAGAGUUGCAAGAAGAAGAGAGAAGAAAGAAGAAGAGGGAAGAAGAAGACAAGAUACGCGCCGAACGCGAAGCGGCCAUUGCGGCUGAAAAUAAACUAACUGGAGCCGCCAGACGAAGGCGUGCCUUCGUGCCACCCGAAAGAGAGUGUUUGCUGGACGCAGCUGCCGAGCCCGACGAUGACGCGCCAGUUGUGCAGGAAGUCAAACCCGCCGCUCCAGUAGUAACAGGCGGCCUAUGGACGGACGAUGAUUUGGCGGAGCUUGUCCGUCUAGUCAAGAAGUACCCGCCCGGUGCCGCGGAGCGAUGGGAGAGGAUCGCAGAAGCUAUGUACCGGAGCGUGCCAGAAGUCACCCACAUGGCGGCUAAACUGAAGGAGAAUUGUUACAAGAUACCUGGACAAGAGACAGUCGAAGAAGCUCCACCCGAACCACCCAAAAAGGUGAAGACUCGCAAGGCGGAGGAGAGCCACGGCGGCAACUGGUCGCAGCAACAACAGCGCGCCCUCGAGGCGGCGCUCGCGCAGCACCCCAAGGGUGGGGCGGGUGACCGCUGGCAGAAGAUCGCCAAUCAAGUGGCCGGGAAGACUAAAGAGGAGUGCAUGCAAAGGUGUAAGUUUUUAUCCGAAUCACUGAGGAAACAGAAGCAGAAAGAAGAAGAAGAGCAGAGAGAACAGGAGUUACAGAGAGAAAGCACAGAAGCAGUCAGCGAGAGUGAUAAUUAAAAUUAAUAAAUGUAUGUGUAUUGUAUAUAUAUCCCUAAUGGACUCUGAUUUUCUAUGACAAUCUAAUCGUAUAUCUAUAAUCUGUGGCGACAACUAGACAGUUUUAAUUUUCUUUACUUUUUAAUUCGAUUACCUUCGCCCCUGACCUAUUCCUAUUAUAAGGACUGGUUGUAAACAAAUGACAGCCUUAACUUUGUCUCUGGAACUGCCGUCAUAGUAGAAAGCUUAGAUUAUAUACAGAUGAUUAAAUUGUUGUUACAGCUUCGUUUAAUUUCUUAUAAUAAAUUAAAGACAAAAGCAAAGUUACAACAGCCUUUUGUAGUAUUCCAUUGUUAAUAAGUUUUAAAACAGGCAUUUUGACAGUUAUUGUAUGUAGAGGUUUUAUGUAUUUUUCAUGCAUUUAUACUCCCACCAUGGCUGAAAUGGUUUAGGUCAAAACAGCUCUUAUGAAAAUUAAGCUUAAUUUGCUAUACUCCGCGAAAAGCAGGAGAAUCUGUAUGUAAUUUAUAAUUUCUUCACCAAACAGAUCUUCAAGAUUGUUAUUUAAAACUAUUCACUGUAAAUACUGAAUUGUUAAUUGACUUAACAAUUAUUCAU